AUGUCUGCCGAAGAUCACUCACGCGCACCAGGCCGAGAGCUUAAGCUCCUGCACUUCAUCUAUGAACAACCAAAUCUCGAGGAGAUCCGAGGCCACCCUCAGAAAGUCCUGGGUCUCAUCCACGAGUUCGAGAAAACCUACCACUUCAUGAACGUAGGUGCAGAGAAAGGCAAGAUCGUCACCGACCUGAUCGACGAGGUCAAACCAAAGACCAUGAUCGAGCUCGGCUGCUACGUGGGCUACUCAGCCAUCCUGUUUGGAGACGCCGUGCGCCGAAAUGGAGGCGAACGCUACCUCAGUCUCGAGCUGAACCCGGAGUUUGCAGCCAUUGCCAAUAUGCUCGUUGAGUUGGCCGGAUUGCGUGAUUUCGUUCGCAUCAUUGUCGGCCGAAGUGACGUCUCUCUUCACAAACUGCUCACGUCCGGUGAUUUGACUAAGGUGGGAAUUCUUUUCCUCGACCAUUACAAACCUGCGUACACGACCGACCUCAAGUUAUGUGAGCACUUUGGAGCCAUCGGGCCUGGCUCGGUCCUUGCGGCGGAUAACGUGCUGUACCCGGGGAACCCACCAUAUCUGGAAUAUGUGCGCAGUUCCGUGGCGCGCAAACGAGAGGUUGCUCAGGCUGGACCUUCCACGGGGUAUGAUACCACUGGGAUCCUUGAGCGGGCGGUACACUCUUUUGUGGGGAAAGACGAUGCGCCCACCUUCCAAUUUGUCGGGAACCCGAAUUUGGUAUACGAGAGUCGGCUGUGUCAACCUGCGGGAUUGAAGGUACGUUCGGGAUUCUUUUUCCGGUAUUUUGCUAACCAUUCGUAG